AUGGCCCUCAACGUUCCCAUGGGCGGCAAUGGAGGAGCCCAUACUCAACCCUCGCUGCCAUCAUUGCCUGCACAUCUCCAAUCCGACACUCAUAUCACAGCACAUUUGGCCAGUCGCUUCCAUGUAUCGAUACCGACUGCUCGACUGUCGUCACAUGCGCUCGUGUCCUUGAACACCUACACAUCUUCUUCCAAGGGACUCGAUGGCGGCAAGGAGGGCAGCGCCAUGGCCGGCGCCGAGGACAUGGCAGACAGGUCGUUCAUUCGUCUUGGACACCGUUCGGAAAACCAGGCCAUCAUAUUCUUGGGUGAAUCGGGCUCAGGAAAGACCACUAUUCGGGCACAUCUCCUGACUGCUUUGCUAAACAAGUCGUCAACCCCCCUCUCCUCAAAAGCUUCUCUUGCCGCUUACGUCUUUGAUUCUCUUACGACCACCAAAACUGCGACGACGCAUACAGCCUCAAAAGCCGGUCUGUUCUACGAGCUCCAAUACGACACAGCAUCAAUGACGAGUCCGUUGUUGCUUGGUGCAAAACUACUGGAUCACCGUCUGGAAAGAAGCAGAAUCGCUGAGGUGCCGACCGGAGAGAGAAACUUCCAUGUCUUGUACUAUCUCCUUGCGGGUACGAGUGAUGCUGAAAAGUCCCACUUGGGAAUUGACACACCACGAGAUGCUGCUGGCCAGAGACGAUGGAAAUAUCUCGGCCACCCUACACAGUUGAAGGUGGGAAUUAAUGACGCUGAUGGUUUCCAGCUGUUCAAGAAUGCUCUCCGCAAACUGGAAUUCCCCAGGAGCGAGAUUGCAGAAAUAUGCCAGGUUCUUGCUUGUAUUCUGCACAUCGGCCAGCUCGAGUUCGAGACCACUGCAGAUACUACACCCACGGGGGAUGACAGUGGUGGUUUCUCCCACGAGGGUGGCCAAACUGUCACGGCGGUCAAAAACAAGGACACCUUGACUAUAAUCGCUGCAUUCCUCGGUGUUAGCUCUGCCGAUUUGCAGACCACUAUGGGAUAUAAGACCAAGAUGAUUCACCGGGAAAGAGUCACAGUCAUGCUGGAUCCCCAGGGAGCUCGUGCGAAUGCGGACGAGCUUGCACGCACAUUGUAUUCUCUGCUCGUUGCUUAUGUGAUUGAGAACAUCAACCAGAAAAUCUGUGCACCCGAAGAAUCCAUUUCCAACACAAUCUCAAUUUUGGAUUUCCCCGGCUUUCAACAACAAUCUUCUACUGGCAGUGCUCUUGAUCAGCUCCUAAAUAAUGCUGCAGUCGAGUCUUUGUACAACUUCACAUUGCAGAACUUCUUCGAUCGCAAAGCAGAUCUGCUUGAUACUGAGGAGGUCACUGUGGCGGCUACCAGCUAUUUCGAUAACUCCGACGCCGUCAAGUGCCUGCUCAAACCUGGAAAUGGUUUGCUCAGUAUCAUGGAUGAUCAAACACGACGCCACCGAACCGACAUGCAAUUCUUGGAAAGUUGCCGGAGGCGUUUUGACGGCAAGAACCCGGCUAUCGUUGUCGGCUCUGCCCAAGCGAAGCUCCCUGGUAGCAACUUCUACACAGAAAACACUGCGGCUACUUUCACCGUCAGGCACUUUGCCGGAGAGGUUGAGUACCCCAUCAAGGGACUUGUGGAGGAGAACGGUGAGGUCAUCUCUGGUGACCUUAUGAACCUGGUCAACUCCAGCAAGAGCGACUUUGUUAUUCGUCUAUUCGGUCAGGAAGCCCUUCAGACUGUCAUGCACCCCAAGGAGAAAAGCACUGUCAUGCAGGCCUCUGUGAGCUCCAAGCCAAUGAGACAGCCGAGUGUCAUGUCUCGCAAAACUACAAGGACUGCACGGGCGAACCGUAUGCGUCGUCAAGAUUCAGUUGAUGAGUUCGGAAGCGACGGUGACUUCCAGGCAGAGACCAAGCCUGCUGAAACCAAAAAGUCUAACAAGCCUUCUGAGCAAGGUGCGUCUGGUCAGUACCUUGCUUCGUUGGAGAACGUGAAGCAAUCCAUUUCAGCGCCCAACACGAAUGCCUACUUUGUGUUUUGCUUAAAGCCGAACGACCGUCGGAUCGCCAACCAGUUCGACAGCAAAUGUGUUCGAACACAGGUUCAAACUUUUGGCAUUGCAGAAAUCAGCCAGAGAUUAAGAACUGCUGAUUUCAGUUUGUUCCUACCCUUCGGCGAGUUCCUCGGUCUAGCAGAUGCUGACACAAUUCUUGUCGGAAGUGAGCGAGAAAAGGUUGAGAUGGUUGUUCACGACAGACAAUGGCCCAGUAACGAAAUACAAAUCGGGUCUACAGGUGUGUUCCUUAGCGAAAGGUGCUGGCUUGAGAUCGCUCAGCUUGGUGAUGGUGUAUCCGCAUCCGGCCAUUAUGCCUCAGAUAUGGGUGACGGUUUGACACCUUCGCCUGGCGCGAACCCUUUCCUGGCUUCGAAAGAAAGACUUGCUGUCCGCGAAAAGGAGCGUGGCGGCUAUUUUGGUGGCGACAGCGAUGCUCGUUCCGAGGCCGGUGUCUCCGCUUUUGGUGCUGGAGAUAUGUUCAAGAACUUCGACACCAGGGAGCAGAUGGCCGAAAGGGGCAACGAAAAGUCGCUCGAGGAGGUGGAAGAGUUCAAGGAUAGCUCAAGCCGAAAGCGAUGGGUCUUCAUUACCUAUGCUCUUACGUGGUUCAUCCCGGAUUUCCUUAUUCGAUGGUGCGGUAUGCUCAGAAAGGAUGUACGGAUGGCCUGGCGGGAAAAGCUGGCGAUCAACAUCAUCAUUUGGUUAUUCUGUGCCCUGGCUACAUUUUUCAUCAUCGGAUUUCCUCUGGUUAUUUGUCCGAAGCAGAAUGUGUUCAGUUCUGAUGAGCUUUCUGCAUACAACGGAAAGACCGACUCCGACGGCUCGUAUGUCGCCAUUCGAGGCCAGGUUUUCGACCUUGCUGCAUAUCUUCCGUCCCACUAUCCCCCGUAUAUCACCGAAAAGUCAAUGACCAAGUAUGCCGGCCUGGACAUUACCUCUCUCUUCCCGGUGCAGGUUUCUGCGUUGUGUCAGGGCACAAGUGGAUCGGUUGAUCCUUCGGUCAUGUUAGGCUACAAACAGGCAAACGAGAGCGGUUCGGCUAGCGUCAUCAGCACUACGGAUUUCAACUACAAGUAUCACGACUUCCGCUACAAUACAGAUCUCUAUCAGCCUGAUUGGUUCUACGAGAAGAUGACAGAACUCAAGGCCAACUACAAAAAAGGUAACAUUGGUUACUCCGCCGAAUAUGUUGCAACUCUUGCUAGUAAGAACAACUACAUUGCUAUUUUGAAUGGACGUGUCUACGAUAUGACCCAAUAUCUAAGCGGUGGUGUCAGGCUUGAUGCACCUAAUGGCACAGAGGUACCCUCCGAUCCAUCUUUGGCCAAAUUCAUGGAUGAGCUCGUUGUCACGCUUUUCCAACAGAAAACCGGAACGGAUAUCACCAAGCUAUGGGAUGCCCUUGCAAUUGACUCUGCCACGAAGAGCCGCCAACAACUCUGCUUGGACAACCUGUUCUACAUUGCAGAUGUCGACACAAGAAACUCGAUCCGCUGCCAAUUUGCCGAUUACUUGGUGCUGGCGAUCUCCAUCUGUCUCUGCUGUAUCAUUGGUUUCAAGUUCUUUGCCGCUCUUCAGUUCGGCGGUAAGAACAUGCCGGAGCAUCUGGACAAAUUCAUCAUGUGCCAAAUCCCAGCCUACACCGAAGAUGAAGAUUCCCUCCGUCGUGCCAUCGACUCUGCUGCACGCAUGCACUAUGAUGACAAGCGCAAACUACUCAUUGUUGUCUGUGAUGGUAUGAUUAUUGGACAGGGUAACGAUAGGCCCACCCCCCGCAUUGUGCUGGACAUUCUUGGAGUAUCGGAAACAGUAGACCCAGAGCCGCUCAGUUUCGAGUCACUCGGUGAAGGCCAGAAGCAGCACAAUAUGGGCAAGGUCUACUCUGGUUUGUACGAAGUACAAGGACAUAUUGUUCCGUUCAUGGUUAUUGUCAAGGUUGGUAAGCCCUCCGAAGUCUCUCGUCCUGGAAACCGUGGUAAGCGAGACUCGCAAAUGGUUAUCAUGCGCUUCCUCGAACGCGUCCACUACAACUUGGCCAUGAGUCCGCUCGAACUCGAAAUGUAUCACCAAAUCCGGAACAUUAUUGGAGUCAAUCCUACAUUUUACGAGUUCAUGCUGCAGAUUGAUGCCGAUACGGUUGUUGCACCCGACUCGGCUACUCGCUUCGUCGCUGCGUUCCUGGACGAUACGAGACUCAUUGCGUGCUGUGGUGAAACGGCAUUGACCAAUGCCAAGUCGUCGUACAUCACCAUGAUUCAAGUCUACGAGUACUACAUUUCACACAACCUUGCCAAGGCCUUUGAAAGCUUGUUCGGCAGUGUUACUUGCUUGCCUGGUUGUUUCUCUAUGUACCGAAUUCGUGCUGCUGAGACCGGAAAGCCCCUCUUUGUCAGCAAGGAGAUCAUCGAAGCUUAUUCCACAAUCCGUGUCGACACCUUGCACAUGAAGAACCUUCUUCACCUUGGUGAGGAUCGUUACUUAACCACUCUCCUCCUCAAGUUUCACAGCAAAUACAAGACAAAGUAUCUCAACAGGGCUCAUGCUUGGACUAUUGCACCGGACUCUUGGUCAAUUUUCCUCUCGCAACGUCGUAGAUGGAUCAACUCUACUGUGCACAACUUGAUGGAGCUCAUUCCUAUGGGGCAGCUUUGCGGUUUCUGCUGUUUCAGUAUGCGUUUCAUUGUUUUUGUCGAUUUGCUCUCGACUGUUGUGCAGCCUGUCACAGUCGCUUACAUCGUCUAUCUUAUCGUCCAAGUAGCCACCAAGGCCACUGUCAUUCCAUUGACAGCUUUCAUCAUGCUGGCUGCCAUCUACGGUCUGCAAGCCAUCAUCUUCAUCUUGCGUCGCAAGUGGGAAAUGAUUGGCUGGAUGAUCUUGUAUGUGUUGGCUGUUCCUGUCUUCUCCUUCGGUCUGCCUCUUUAUUCCUUCUGGAACAUGGAUGAUUUCAACUGGGGUAACACUCGUGUCGUCGCUGGCGAGAAGGGCAAGAAGGUCGUCAUCACCGAUGAAGGCAAGUUUGAUCCGGCGUCCAUCCCGAAGAAGAAGUGGGAAGAAUAUCAAGCCGAACUCUGGGAUGCCCAGACCGCCCGUGAUGAUGCUCGUUCCGAGAUCUCGGGCUACAGCUAUGCUACCAAGCAAGGCGCUGCUGUCACUGAAUAUUAUGCCGGAAGUCACCAUGGCUCAACCCACGGAGUCAUUCCUCCCUACGACACGAGGAAUCUCCAAGGCGCUGGUUACCAAUCACGCCUGUCUCUUGCACCAUCUGAAAUGGUUGGCAACCGCACAAGCCAAUUUGGUGGCUCGCAAUUUUUCAACAACCAACAAGAGAUGGAAAUGUCCAACCUUUCUGGCAUGCCGAGUGAUGAUGCUCUCCUGGCUGAGAUUCGCGAGAUUCUGCGCACCGCUGAUCUGAUGACCGUUACAAAGAAGGGCAUCAAGCAAGAACUCGAAAGGCGUUUCAACGUUCCACUCGAUGCGAGAAGGGCCUAUAUCAACAAUGCUACCGAAGCGUUACUAUCCGGCCAAUUGUAG